AAUCUCGGCUGUCCCAAAACUAGGAAUUUUCACACGUAAAACUUGUGUAUCGAGAUCCACCAGUUAUAAUAAGGUCAAGGUCAUUUGCCGACUAUGGCUGAGGUCGGGGAAAAUUCGUCGAACGGGACAACGGAAGAAAAUGUGUCGCAAGCGAUGAGAUAUGAGUUUAUGAAAUUUGAUGAUGAUGCAGAAGAUGGAUAUGAAGAUACUUCACAUUCUACUCCAGUUUUUAUUGAGGUGGAUGAUUCUGACGACUCACAGCCGCAGUUCCAAGAUCGAGGAGGCGAAGAACAUGAAGGGUAUAUACAUCAUACGAUCUCAGACAAUCAGAUAAUGAUGCACAUCCACCCUGGCAGUAACAGGAUGCCUUCAAACCCUUCACACGCCACGCUGACUGUGGAGAGCCGCAACCCAGAGACUAAAGCCACUGAGGUGAAGAGGUACUGUUGUUCAUUUGAAAAUUGUGACAGAACUUACAGCACAGCUGGCAACCUGAAGACACAUCAGAAAACACACAAAGGAGAGUAUACUUUUGUCUGCAACCAAGAGAACUGUGGCAAGUCUUUUCUGACAUCUUAUAGCUUGAAAAUACAUGUGCGUGUGCACACCAAAGAAAAACCUUACGAAUGCAGUAUAAGUAACUGUGAGAAGGCUUUCAAUACUUUAUACAGACUUAAAGCACACCAGCGUCUACAUACUGGAAAUACCUUUAACUGUGAAGCCUCAGACUGCAGCAAAGCUUUUACAACCCUCAGUGAUCUGAGAAAACACUUAAGAACACACACAGGAGAAAAACCAUACAAAUGUGAAGAAGGGGGCUGUGGCAAAGCUUUUGCAGCUAGUCAUCAUUUAAAGACACACAUAAGAACUCAUACAGGUGAGAAACCAUACCACUGUCCCACUGAUGGCUGCAGUAAGGCAUUCACUACUCAGUAUGGCCUGAAGACCCAUGUAGGGCGACAUGAGCAGUCAGCAGGGAGUGAAUCUGACAGCAGCAAUCAAAUGAUGCCAGAACAAGAGAAGUUUCAGCAGCAAUUAAAACAAUCACAGCAACAGCAGCAGAGUCCUGGUCAAGGAGCUUCCUCUGCAGCAAGUGCAGACAUGCAAACUCCAUGUAUAUCUAGUCAGAACUUAGCUGGUAUGUCUGCAGAACAACUGCUGACAUCUAUGUAUUUGGGGCAGCAGCCAGUAGCAGUGAAUCUGCCAGGAAUUGGUCCUGUGGUGGUGGCUGCCUGCAGUGUGGAUGCUCUUCAAGCUGCCAAUGUAACAACUCACCCCCAGCCAGUAGAGUCAGUGGAUGAGAACCCCAGUGCAGGAACACAGCCUCAACAGUUGGCUGUUAACAACUCUGAUCUGAGCACACUUGCAGCUGAGGCAGCAGAGAUCUUCUCACAGGUGCCAGAGAACAUUGAGCCCUCGGUGCAUGUCUCUGACGGCCAAGAGGUGGCCCAGGUACAGGACAAGGAUAGGAACAGUGAGGACAGCAUUGAGGAUGCUCUAAACUUAUUCAGUCAGUUUCUUGUCCAGAACUCUGGUGGGACAGGUCCUGGUGUACCAGCCUGUGUCCCAUGUACAGAAAACCCCACCAUGGACACGCCCCCAAUCCCUAUGACGGACAGCCAAGGUCAGCUGAUACCGCAGUGCUUGAGGCACCAUCAAGGUCAAGGCCAGAUGGCAAUGCAGGGGAAUGGACAGAUGAUGGGACAAGGGGCCUGGCUUUGCCACGGGACAGAACAUGGUGACACAGACACAGCCUAUGAUGCAAGGUCAGGUGAUAGGCCAGCCUAUGAUGCAGGGUCAAGGUCAAAGUCAGGUCAUAGGUCAACCUAUGAUGCAAGGUCAAGGUGAAGGACAGGUCAUGGGUCAACCAGUAAUGCCCAGUUUUGAUAGUAUGAACUUUCCUUAUGACAAUUCUUCAGUCAACUUUGCACAAGACUCUAGCUCAGUGAUCUUGGUAGUGAAAGAAGAAGAACAAAAUAUGCAACCUCGCCUGCAAGGCAACUUCAUCUCAUAACAUCGGUGAGCACAGUUAUUUAUGCAGUGCGACUCCACCUUCUGCUACUGUGUAGCAGAUCCACAUGAGAGGAGGCUGCUUAUAAUUGUGCUGUAAGUCUAGUUUAGUGCAGUUUACCAUGUUCUGUGAAUGCUGCUAGGUUUAUUAUGUUAUAUUUUAUAUAGUUUGUAUCUACAUCUGUAAGAUAACACAUUACUUAAUAAGUUCUCACUUGGUCACAUACAGAUUGUCAUGCAAUUGUUUGCCUACAGAGUGAAUGUAGAAUUAUUUAGUAUAUGACAGUUUUUUCCUUUAGCUAUAAUAAAAGGAGUUUACCUGAAAGAUAUUGUAUGAUUUUUUUCUUGUGAAGGGCUGAGUUGCAUACCUUGAAAUUGAUGGUUGAAUUGGUAGCUCUUUUUGUUAAAGUAAGCAUGUGAGUAAAUUUUAAGAUUUUUGUUUCGUGAACAGUGCAUGCAAAAGGGUUAUAUGAUAUGUGACCAUCUUUCACAUUCAUGUAAAUAUACCAGCUUAUGUAUCGAUAAUGCAGUGCUUGCAAACAAUCAUAUAUGUAACCCUUUUUAAUAGUUAAUGGUAAGUUUUAACUUGAAGUGCUGCUUACUUGCUGGGAUUCUCAGCAAGAAGGUGUCUGUUGAUUGUCUGUUCAUUGUCAGUUCUUUGUAGACCACAUUUCUGCUAAAUAGGCAGGGCAUAUACCACAUUGCAAUGAACACCCUUGCACUUAGAAAGAUUAGAUUAAUUGUUUUAUUUGAGUGAGUAUAAAUUUUUGUAAAGAUAUUACAUAAUAUAGAUUGUCUGACUCAUUCUGUAUGAAUUUGUGAUAUUCAGUGAAGCUGGUAGAUGGAUGAUGUGCUGCCACCUGCUAGUAGGUGUGUGAGGUGCUGCCACCUGCUGGUAGGUCUGCGACAUGCUGACACCUGCUGGUAGGUGUGCGACAUGCUGACACCUGCUGGUAGGUGUGUGAUGUGCUGACACCUGCUGGUAGGUGUGUGGCGUGCUGACACCUGCUGGUAGGUGUGAGGUGCUGACACCUGCUGGUAGGUGUGUGAGGUGCUGACACCUGCUGGUAGGUGUGCGACAUGCUGACACCUGCUGGUAGGUGUGUGAUGUGCUGACACCUGCUGGUAGGUGUGUGGCGUGCUGACACCUGCUGGUAGGUGUGAGAGGUGCUGACACCUGCUGGUAGGUGUGUGAGGUGCUUGUAACCUGUCUUUUCCAAAUUAUUCCUUUAGUGACGAUUUUCAUCCAUGUUUUUUUUUUUCUGACAGCUUGUUGGGUUAAAAAAUGUAAUUUUGUUUUUGUUGAAGAUAUUGAUUAUUGAUAUGUUAAUUAUCAAUAGAUUAGUUUUUUCAUGUAAAUGUAGAAAGUAAAAAAAUUGCAGUGAUACUAAUUUAAGAUAGUAGUCAAACUCAAAUUAGUAAGGGUAAUUUGUUGCCAAAAUGCAGGUCAAGUUUGAAAACUAGAAUAUUCAAAUUUAAUAAAUUAUAAUAUAUAAUGAAUUUUAAUAUGUCAAUUUUCAGUGCCUUUCUUCUUGUUUUUUGGUAUUUGUGUAACAUGUGCCCUACAGCAGUUAAACUACACACUAGAUAUGUGGUAGGAUAUUCUUCAUGGCAGAAAGGUAGGACAUACUCCUAAAAGGAGUAUAGCUGAUGUAAACAUAAAUAUGAAAAAAUAAUUCUUGGGGCAAAAUUUCAUAACCUUCUCUCACAAACUAAAGCUAACUAUUUAUUAUGCUUUGAAUCAAGCAAACAAUCAUUUGCUGUUGAAUAAAAUGUAUUGACUGCUGUUUCACAAGCCUCAUUUGUUGCAGAAAGGCAAUUUCUAGUGCUGGGGUGCAAAUUACUGAAAUUUUCAAAUAGGUUUUUGUUUUGUCAAUGUUACCCACACUCAUAGUCAAACUUACUGAGCAAAUUUUGUUUUUGGUUUUUUUAUGUAUAAGUGAUACAGUCUAGUUGUUAUUGUUAUUUAUAGAUAUGGUCUUAACCACACAAUAAAGAAAUAAGUACUGAUGAAGUAAUUCGUGUAGUUCAUGUUGUUUCAGUUUCCAAAUCUUGGGAAGAUGAAAUGAUAAUAUUGUACUUCUGUUUGGUAUGGGAUAUUGUUUUGAAAUUUGUACCAUCCUUUUUCUUUGACAGCACUAUUUGUAUAAGAACUCAAAUGUGACAUUUUCAACACAUUUUGAGCUGGAUUUACUGUUCCACCAGUGUGAAACCUUGGUAUGUCAUGAUUAACUUCCAAACCCUGCAAAACCCAAACUUCUGCAAGUCAUUGCCCUGUAAUUUUGCAUUGGAUACAGUGCACAUUUGAACUUUUAAUAGCAAACAUUAAUUAUUGACACUUUUCCUUCUUCAACAAGAUACACCAUUUCCAAAACUAUUGAGAAAAAUUUGAUCUACUAAUCCAUUCAAGAGAUUGUUUUUUGAACCAUUAUUAAUGAAGAUGGAAACUGGUGAGUUUCACGUAUGCCAGUGGACAUUUAAAGUGCUUUGGAAAUAAGGCUUACAGAAAGUUAAUUUGUCAACAGUA